AUGAAGCCGUACCCCAGCCAGCAGGAAGCCGCCGUGCAUCUGGUCGGAUCACCCGCGCAGCGCGUCGGCGCACAGGUGCGGCCCCACGACUACAGCACGUUUGACGUCUUGGUCCCACCAUCUCUUGCUCCGGCGGCUGUUUCCCCGGGGACAGCGCGGCUCAGUGAAACAUCGCCGCCGCGAGCACAAGUGGCGUCUCGGAACAACAACAACNGCAGCAGCAUCAACAAGAACCAAAGUGAUCCGCUCGUCUCCCCGACUCAUCUUGGCGGCGCGGUGAUGGCGCUGACGGUACCGCCACCGCCGAAUACGGUUGAUGGUGCUGAUGUUUCUCCCGCUCUUCUCGGCACGCGCGAUCUCCAGCGUGGCUUACUGGAGCAGAAGCUACAGCACGUGCAACGCGAGGCCAAUGCGGUGCAGGAGGAGUUGAAAGAGACGGGUGCGCGUCUUUCCCACGUCACCGUGAAGCUUAACGAACAGAAGGUGGAGUUCAGUGCCUUGACGCACCGCUACGGCGCAGCAGUGGAAAAAUUGACUGCUGCGGAGGGAAGUGUGAAGCGGCUUGAGGAACAGCUCGUGUACGAGCGCAAGCAGCAUAGCGCUGUGCGGGAAGAGCGCGACGGCCUCAAGGCAUCGCUGCGCGAGCUGGAGUGGGAGGUGACAAAGCUGUGCCGCGAGCUGCAGGAGGAGCGCGAGCGCCCGUCGAUGGACCCGCGCGAGGUGGAGCGAAUGCUUCACGACCGUAGCCGCUUUGUCCCUGCGGCAGAGGUGCAGCGGCGCUGCGACGAGAUGCGGGACGCGCAGCAGUCCCUUGCCCUGCGUGUCGCCUCCGCCCUCGANGCACUGCUGCUGGCGCACGAGGAGGACGAGACGGCAGUGUUUGUCGCGCGCAGUGCGGUGCUCUCGGCGGCGACGGAUCUCGAGGCGAAGGUGGCUGCCACUGAGGCGACGCUUGCCGCGCUUCACGACCAGAUGACGCUCUUUAACGAGGGCACUGAGCGCGACAUGACAGAGAUGAUCAGUGCCCUCAUUGUGGAGAACAAGGAGUUAUGGCAGCACCUCUCCAAGCUGAAGGGCGACCACGAUGCUGCAGCCGCGCAGGUGGCCGCUCUUCGCCGCAAGGGGGAGUACAUCCCGCGCGACCAAUAUGAGUACACACAAAAACAGCUUACGCUAACCGUGGAGAGGCUCGCCGCCGCGCAGAAGACUGUCGAGGAACAAAUCGAGGUGGCAAGGGAGCACGAGGAGCAGAUGAAGGCUGUGAUUGGCAAUAACGAGUCAUUGCAUGAUGAGGUAGUCCGCCUCGCACAACAGCUGGCGCAAGUGCAGGAGAAGGUGGGGAAGAGGGAGCAGCAGCUGGAGGAGGCAAAGACGGCGGCUAAGGAAACCCAGCGGUGCUUAGAUGACUCACAGGGUUUGCUAGAGAGUGAGCGGCGCCGCAUGAACAACACAGUGCAGCAGCUCAACGAGAACUUCACCACCAUGGAGAAGGAAUACGAGCAGCGGAUACGUCACCUUAAUUCGGAACGGGAUGCGGCGCGAGAGGAUGUGGAUCGGAUGCGCCGCGAAUUGGGUGAUGCACAGGAACAGGUAGAAUCUCUCCAGCGUGACCUUGCUGCCCGCACCAGCUACUUCGAAAACUACAGGCAACAGGCGGAGGACCACCAGCAACAGGUGAGUCGCUCCCUGCAGGAGGAAAUGGCCAGCACACGCGAGCUGCUUGAGCACGAGUUAGGCCUCGUGCGGCGGGAGUUGGAGGAGCAACGCACCUCCGUACGGGAAGCGGAGCGGGAGCGCGAUGACGAGCGUGCGGAACGCCGCGCGGCGCAGGCUGUCGCAACAGGGUUAGAAGCAGAGGUGAUGCAACAGCGUCGCGAGAAUGAACAGCUGCAGCGUUGUAUGGAGGAAAUUACAGCGCGGCUUCAGCAGUUGGAGGCGGAGGCGGACCAGUUGCGGCAACGGCGCGAUGACGUUGGGGAGGAUGCGCGGCAACUGCAGUGUGAGUUGCGGCGACUCCAGGGGAGGGGGAAGGAACUCGAGCAACAACUGCAAGAGGAGCGCGAGACACACAUGCAGCUGUCAACGCAGCUCCGGCAGGAAAUACGGGAUAUAGAGCGGAGCCGUGCUUCGCUACAAGAGGAGCUGAAGAAGGUGCGCAUUCGCAUAGCGGAGGUUGAGCAGCAGAAGUCUGUGUCCCGCAGUGAUGCCGAUAAGGAGAAUUUGAUGCGCGAGAAUGUGCGGCUGCACGAGCAGUACCAAGAGGUGCAGCAGGAAAACGUUACACUGCGCGAAGGUCUGCAACAGCUGCGGGCGAAGAAUCUCAGCUGCGAGCAGCUCUCGCAGCAGCUUGAUGACGUGCAGGAGCGGUUACGGCAGCUGCCGACGCUGCGACAGGCCGCGGAGGAUGCCAAGCGCGACGCGAUGCGCGCGACAGAGGAGGUGGAGGCGCUGCGGCAGGAGCGUGACGCCAUGGCGGCGAAAUUAGAUUUCUUCCUUGAGGAGAGUAAGCAGGCGGCGAAGAAGGACGAGGCGUGGGAUCGCGUCUUCCGUGACGCGGUGGAGCAGGCGAGGCGCCUCGGUGGGCAAGUGUCGGUGGCGAAGCAGCAACAGCAACAGCAGCGAAGCGCGCCGGUCUACGCCACCGCCCACGCGACCGGCUAUAGUGAUCAGUACAGCAACUACCAGCGUGUCCUUGGCAACAGCAGCAUCGCUAGUGGUGGUGACGGCAUUGCGCCGCGCAAGCUGCCGUCCCCGUCACGGUCUGCAGUGGACGCGUCGCCGCAGCCCAGCGCCCCAGCACUGCACCGCCCGUGGCGUUGA